AUGGACGGAAGUGGCCGAACUACUCUUCUGCGCCCCCGGCCCGAUGACCCGAACAAGGCUCCAUUGGAGAAUGCGCUCGAGAUCAUAGAGUUAGGCGUUCUCGGUCCCGACAUCUUUACGAAUGCGCGCCAGGGUUGGCACCCUCCCGGCGCCCGGGGAAUCUUUGGCGGUGUUCCUAUCGCUCAGACGAUUGCGGCGGGCCAGCGCACUGUUGGCGAGGGUUUUGUGAUUCAUUCCUGCCACUGCUACUUCCUGCUUGCGGGAUCGAACAGCAUCCCCAUCAUGUACCAUGUCGAGCGGGUGCGCGACGGACGAAGCUUUGCCACCCGCACGGUACAGGCGAGGCAGCGUGGCAAGUGCAUCUUCACGUCCACCAUUAGCUUUGUCAAGGCUGGCUCGGGCGGAAAGAAGCAGAUUAGGCACGCGGUGGACAUGGGCAACGAAAAGCCCCAUGGCCCCGUCGAGGCGACGGAUGUCAUUGAAUGGAAGGGCGUCGAGGUCACGGAGGAGGGUGCGGCGCCCCACAAGAGGAAGUGCAAGCAGUGGAUGAAGGUCAAGGGCAAGGUCACCGGCGGCCAAGAUGCGCACAUUGAAGCGCUCGCUUACCUCACGGACUCGUACUUCCUCGGCACGAUACCCAGGAUCCACGACCUAUACAAGCCGCCUUCGCCAUCGUCGCCGUCCGAGUUUGAAGGCGGCGAGUCUGCGGGAGGCACCCAUCCGGCCGCGAGGCACGUCCCCGUCUCUGACAAGCCCAAGAUCGGCAUGAUGGUCUCCCUAGACCACAGCAUCUACUUUCACGAGCCCUCCGCUAUCAGGGCGGACGACUGGAUGUACGCCGAGAUGGAGAGUCCAUGGGCCGGCGACGGAAGGGGUGUGGUGACGCAGCGAGUAUUCUCUGCUGACGGUACCCUUCUCGCGACAUGUGUCCAGGAGGGACUCCUCCGGCUGAAGCAGGAUGAGCCCGUGCAGGAUGGCAAGGACAAGUCGAAGCUGUAG